UGGAGUGUUUCAGCUGUCGGUGUUGAAGGUCCGUGAUGCUGCGUGUGCUCUGCCCCUUGGGCCGGGCUGGAGCUCUCCCUGUGUAGAGCCAGCAGAGCCGAGCGGAGAGGAGAGGAGAGGCGAGGCGAGGAGAUGCCGGUACGUUUCGGAGAGUUCCGGAGCCUCAGCUCCCCGGAGACCAUGGUCCACCUGCUCCAGAUGCUCCUCACAUGCAUUACCUUCAGCCUGGUGGCCAGAGACGGGCCUGGGAACCCCUACUACACCUUUGCCAUGUUCUCCUGGUGCUUCUCCUUCGGGGCUAGUGCUCUGAUCUUCCUGCUGGAGUUCACCCAGCUCCACAGCCUCGUCUCCUUCUCCUGGAAGAACCUGCCAGUCACCGUGGCCACUUUCUCCUCCCUCAUGACCAUGGCCUCCUCCAUCACCUACCCGCUCUUCGUGGUGUACGAAGCCCAGUGCGAGAAGGCCUGGGCCCAAAUUAAAUGCCACCGAAUGUUGGCUGCCUCUGCCUUCUCCUGCCUGGCCUCACUGGCCUACUGUGCUGAGGUGUACAUGAGCACAGGGAGAGCGGGGGAACCAGGGCGUUACAUGGCCACUCCGCCCGGGAUCCUGAAGGUACUCCAAGUCUUCUCAGCUUGCGUGAUCUUCAUGGCUUUGAGUCAACUGGAGAGCGACAAAGUCUGGGUCUACUGGUACUGCGUGGGGUUGGUGUGCGUCUCUCUCUCGCUGUCUCUCGGGGUGAUCAUCACCAUCCUGGGCGAGUGUCGUGGCCGCUGCCCGAUGCCCUUCAACCGGCUGCUGGUGGGGACCAGCGCGGCCUCGCUCCUCAUGUACCUGGCGCUGGCCACUCUCUGGGGCUUGCAGCUGAGGGAAAAUCAAAGCUGGGAAUGCACCAGCCUGAAAGAUGUCUGCCAGAGCGAGCUGGUCUCAGCCAUCAUGAUCUUCCUCAAUCUGAUCUGGUACACGGCUGAUUUCGUCUUCUCCAUCAAGCUGAUGAGGCCGUGGAGCUGAGCGAGGCAUCGGGGACUAACUGAUUGACUGACCACACAACAUCCACAGCCUUAGCCUUCCUCACCAGGAACUCAGACAAACACAGACCCAUCACGCCACCCCUGCCACGCCACAUCUUGGGGUAAAGGAAAAUAAAAAGACUUGCAUGUUCCUAAAAA